GGCGGCGGGGCCUGCGGGGCCUGCGGGCGGGCGGGCCGGGCCCGGCCAGGCCGCGAUGGCGACCAGGAAGGCGGGCUCGCGGCUGGAGACGGAGAUCGAGCGCUGCCGCUCCGAGUGCCAGUGGGAGCGGAUCCCCGAGCUCGUCAAGCAGCUGUCGGCCAAGCUCAUCGCCAACGAUGACAUGGCAGAGCUCCUCCUCGGGGAGUCGAAGCUGGAGCAGUACCUGAAGGAACACCCCCUACGGCAGGGGGCCAGUCCCCGAGGCCCCAGGCCCCAGCUGACCGAGGUCCGCAAGCAUCUGACCGCCGCCCUGGACCGGGGGAACCUGAAGUCAGAGUUCCUACAAGAAUCCAGUCUGAUCAUGGCCAAGUUGAAUUACGUGGAAGGAGAUUAUAAGGAGGCUCUCAACAUCUAUGCCCGCGGGGGCCUCGAUGAUCUGCCGCUGACCGCCGUCCCUCCUUACAGGCUGCGCCUGAUUGCGGAAGCCUACGCUACCAAAGGACUUUGUUUAGAGAAGUUGCCUGUUUCCUCUUCUACCAGUAACCUCCACGUGGACCGGGAACAGGAUGUCAUCACCUGCUAUGAGAAAGCAGGCGACAUUGCACUCCUGUACCUCCAAGAGAUAGAGAGGGUAAUACUUACCAAUAUUCAAAACAGAAGCCCUAAGCCUGGCCCUGCUCCCCACGAUCAAGAACUAGGUUUUUUCCUAGAAACAGGACUUCAGAGAGCCCAUGUCCUCUAUUUCAAAAAUGGGAUAGAUGUACAUGAAGUCCAACAGAACUUGACAAGAGGAGUCGGGAGAUUUAGAGAGAUCCUCAGAGCAGUAGAAACAAGAACAACUCAAAACCUGCGAAUGACAAUAGCCAGGCAGUUGGCGGAGAUCUUGUUGCGGGGUAUGUGUGAACAGAGUUACUGGAACCCCCUGGAGGAUCCACCCUGCCAGUCACCUCUGGACGAUCCUCUCCGGAAAGGAGCAAACACCAAAACCUACACCCUGCCUCGGAAAGCCCGCGUCUACUCAGGAGAGAACAUUUUUUGUCCUCAAGAAAAUACUGAAGAAGCCCUGUUGUUACUGCUGAUCAGUGAAUCAAUGGCCAACCGGGACGCUGUGCUGAGCCGGAUACCCGAGCACAAGAGUGACCGCCUCAUCAGCUUGCAGAGCGCAUCUGUGGUCUAUGAUUUGCUGACCAUCGCCCUUGGGAGGAGAGGCCAGUACGAGAUGCUGUCGGAGUGCUUGGAAAGAGCCAUGAAGUUUGCCUUUGAGGAGUUCCAGCUGUGGUACCAGUUUGCUCUGUCCCUCAUGGCCGCCGGAAAAUCUGCUCGUGCCGUGAAGGUGCUGAAAGAGUGUAUCCGUCUGAAGCCCGACGACGCCACCAUCCCACUCCUCGCCGCGAAGCUGUGCGUGGGCUCCCUUCACUGGGAAUGUGCUUCAGUUGAUGAAAGAGGCAGAACUGAUACAAGAGAAUUGGAACCCGUACUCACACCAACCUUGCUGUACGCAAAGAAGGGAUGCGGGACUGGAAAGUUGGAAGAGGCCGAGAAGUUUGCCAAAACCGUCGUUGAUGCGGGAGAGAAAACGUCAGAGUUCAAGGCCAAAGGCUACUUAGCUCUGGGGCUCACGUACAGUCUGCAGGCCACUGAUGCUUCUUUGCGAGGGAUGCAGGAGGUCCUACAGAGAAAGGCGCUUCUUGCAUUUCAGAGGGCCCACAGCCUGUCACCUACAGAUCACCAAGCAGCUUUCUACCUGGCUCUGCAGCUUGCCAUCUCCAGACAGAUACCAGAGGCUCUGGGGUACGUCCGCCAAGCUCUUCAACUUCAAGGCGAUGAUGCCAACUCCCUGCACCUUCUUGCCCUCUUACUGUCUGCACAAAAGCAUUACCACGAUGCUCUGAAUAUCAUUGACAUGGCCCUGAGUGAAUAUCCAGAAAAUUUUAUACUACUGUUUUCCAAAGUGAAGGUGGAGUCACUGUGCCGGGGCCCGGACGAGGCGCUCCUCACCUGUAAGCACAUGUUGCAGAUAUGGAAAUCCUGCUACAACCUAACCAACCCCAGUGAUUCUGGACGUGGGAGCAGCCUCUUAGAUAGAACCAUUGCUGACAGACGACAGCUUAACACAAUUACUUUGCCAGACUUCAGCGAUCCCGAGACAGUGUCAGAUUCCUCCUCCUCCUCCUCUUCUCUUUCAAGAACCGAAUCUCCUCUCCACCUGUUUGUAUCUCCUCAUCUUCAUUCUCCUCCCAAACCUGACACCUUUGUGUGGCCCCCUGCAGCUCAUUCAUUCAAUGACCCAGGUCCCCGCCAGGAGCCCUCUCUGUGCAACUCUCCAGAAGUAUACUUUCAUGGUUUCCCCUCCCUUUUUUCAGUUAGCUCUGUCCACGCCACGUCAGUAGCAGCCUCAAGAGUGGAGCAGGCACUGUCGGAAGUGGCCUCUUCUCUGCAGAGCAGCGCCCCCAAGCAGGGCCCGCUACACCCCUGGAUGACGCUGGCGCAGAUCUGGCUCCAUGCAGCUGAAGUCUACAUUGGCAUUGGGAAGCCUGCAGAAGCCACGGCCUGUACUCAGGAAGCCGCCAACCUCUUCCCGAUGUCCCACAACGUCCUGUACAUGCGUGGCCAGGUUGCCGAGCUCCGGGGAAACCUCGACGAGGCCCGGCGGUGGUAUGAAGAAGCCUUAUCCAUCAGUCCCACCCACGUGAAGAGCAUGCAGCGACUGGCCCUGAUUCUUCAUCAGCUGGGCCGCUACAGUCUGGCAGAGAAAAUCCUCCGGGACGCGGUGCAGGUGAACUCGACGGCCCACGAGGUCUGGAACGGGCUGGGCGAGGUCCUUCAAGCUCAGGGCAAUGACGCGGCGGCCACCGAGUGCUUCCUGACAGCCCUGGAGCUGGAGGCCAGCAGCCCCGCCGUGCCCUUCACCAUCAUCCCCCGGGUGCUCUGAGCAGGCCCCUGCCAGCCUCACUGCCGCUCGGGCCCAGGAGGCCCCGCCCGGGGCGCCCCGCACCGAGGCCGUGGCUGAACAUGCGAUUGACCACAGUGAACUCACCAAACAAGCCCCGGAUCGUCGCUCUCCCCACGUGCAUUUCUGUUGUUUUGGCCAGCCCAAUGAUAGUUUCCAAGCCCACCGACAUUGUUCAAAAUGGAUUAUGUGCCAUAUUUUGUUAGCUGACAUCCAAGUUUUAAGUAAAACAAUAAUGGAAUGAAUCAGCCAAUGUAGAAGAAUAUAUUCAAAGUUAAAGUUCACUGGCAGAGCAGAUUAUUUUUAUCAGAGCUGUAAAGGAAACUCUCCUCCCCGUCACCACUCCUCCCCCAACCUCGGCCGGGAAACCAAAUGUGAAUUUUCUGGUUCCCACCUCAGUCCUAGUCCAAGCCAGGACACCAGCUGACAGUUUCUCGAUUUUGUUGUCAGUAACUGUACCAUGUGAUGAAUUCCUCUCCUCACUUAGAACAAAGCCUGAGUCCGAGAAUAUUUAUAUUUCACCAAUAUAUGCCUGUUACAAGAGAAGGGAAUAGGAGCUAUUUAAGUUUAACUUUUUUAUGUGAAUUCAGAGUUUAUUUAUCGAUGGAAAUAUGUACAAAGAAGCUUCAAAUGGAUUAUUUACCGACAUUCCUUAUACAUGACAGACACUUGGCUAAAUGGGAAGAUGAUGUUAAUAAUAAAAUGAUUUUUAAAUGGA